AUGGAGGGGUUUGGUGCUGAGGUAGAUCUGAGUGUCAUCAGCAUAGCAGUGGAAGUCCAGGUUGAAGUGGCGGAGUAUCUGACCGAGGGGCAGGAUGUAAAUGAUGAAGAGGAGGGGGCCAAGGGUCACAAAGAGAAGACGUUCGUGGUGAGGAGCAACCCGUUCAGGAUGGACAAGCUGGUGACGGUCGGCAUAAAGCACAUCAAGUUCUGGCAGCACUCAGGGGGCGGCCUCACGUUUAAACGGGGGAUCUUUGGGAACCUGGGGAAGCAGGAGACGAUGAUGUCGGCGUGUUACGGUCGAUCGGAGGACCUGGUGUUCUCCGGAGCGACCAAUGGAGACGUCUACAUCUGGAGAGACACCACGCUCAUCAAGACCAUCAAAGCCCACGACGGACCCGUGUUCGCCAUGUGUUCCCUGGACAAGGUCAGACUUAAAUACGAAUACAAUUGUCAAUACUUUGAGAGUAAAGACUCAGACUGA